AUGAGAGAAAGGGGAGGGAAGAUGGGCAAAAUUCUCGCACUAAAUGUGUUGUUUUCGGUAUUGCUGUUAUCGCAAAAUAUGAUGGCAUGGACAGAUUACGAAGCAGUAAGUAUCAUCGCCUACACCAGAUUGACUAGCAGGGACUCUGUGGAGCAGGGAGUGCUGGUCCUGGUGAAUGAGGCUGUGUUUGCAUACUUCAACUCCACUCAGAAAACCUUCCUGCUGCGGCCUAGUGCCACGGCAGGCUUUUCCGUGCUGGAGGCAUCGGAGCGCAUGUAUUGUGUGUCAGAGGUCACCAACGCCUUUCCACGCCAAAAGGACUAUCUGGACAGGUUGAUCAAGCAGACUAAUCGUGCCAAGCCGCCUAAACUGAGCCCUUCAGGUAAUGUGUACAGCCAUGUCCCUGCAAUGGAAGCAAGUCCCAACUACCUUUACUGCUAUGCCACUGGCUUCUACCCUGGAGAUAUAGAGAUCAGCUUCCUUCUCAAUGGACGCCCAUUCCUCGGUCCCACAGAGUCCUCUGACUUAGUGUAUGGGCAGGACUGGACCUUCAGAGUGUUUAAAUAUAUCAGCAUCCUCCCCCAUCCAGGAGAGGAGUAUGCCUGCCUGGUCAACCACAGCAGCAUUGCUCAGCCUAAAAUAACUUACUGGCGGCCAGAAGUGUCUAAGACCACAGGGGCGUCCGUUCUGUUGACAGCUGUGGUGGCCGUGGUGGCCGUGGCCACUGGAGGAACACUGGGCUGCUUUAUUUCUCUUCUCAUUUGGAGACGACUAAUAGUCCAGGCAAAGUAACCCAUUUUGGAGCCAAAAAUAGAACUAGUUGUAAAAUAAUUGUUUU